AUGCCAGCCGGAAGAAAGACGUUUGUCCUCAUCACAGGCUGCUCGCCCGGCGGCAUCGGUCAUGCCCUCGCUCUAGAGUUUCACAAGAGAGGCUGCCAUGUCAUCGCCACGGCGCGCAACGUGAGCGUCCUCAAGUCCAUGGCCGACAUGGGCAUGAGCGCCGUCCAGCUCGACGUCACGGACAAGGCCAGCAUCGCGGCCUGUAAGGAGGAAGUGGCCAAGAUUACCGACGGAAAGCUCGACAUUCUCAUCAACAAUGCCGGCCGCACGCAUACCCACCCCGCUCUUGACAUGGACCUCGACGACGUCCGCGCUACGUACGAGGCCAACGUCUUUGGCCCCAUGCUCACCUGCCAAGCCUUCAUCAGCCUGCUCAUCGCGGCCCGCGGUCUCAUUAUCAACAUCUCAUCCGUGUCCACCGUCGUGCCCUACCUCUUUGGAGCCAUCUACUCGUCAACCAAGGGCGCCAUCAAUGUCUACUCGCGCGCCCUUCGCAUGGAACUGCUCCCAUUCAACGUGCGCGUCAUGGUUGCUAUGACAGGCACUGUUAAAAGCAACAUCGCCAGCCACUUCGACCGCGUGCUGCCCCCGGACUCGCUGUACAGGCCCGUCGACGACAUGUUCCAGAAGAGGUUGACGUUCAGCCAGACCAACGCCACCAUGCCUACGGAUGUGUACGCCCGUAAGCUCGUCACCGAAGCCCUCAAAGGCGAGGGUUGGUUCGGCGGCUGGAUCGGCGGCACGCGCAACGAAUUUUGGGCCGGAGGAAAGUCCAUGAUCGGAUGGAUCUCGACCCUUAUGCCCGGAUGGCUGAGUGAGCUUCUGACGGCGCGAUUCUUCAAGAUGGCAUUGAUGGCCAGGAGAAUCCGCGCCGCAGCUCGGGCCAAGAAAGACUAG